GCCUGCGGGGACUAUGACGAUGGCGGCGGCGGGCCGAGCCGAGCCGGGUCGGGCCGUCGCUGCGGGAGCGGGCAGGUGACGGAGGAGGCGGCAGCUUAGCGGGCGCCCGGCGCCCCGGGGCGCCGCUCAGGCAUGGCCCGCACUGUGCUGCUGGUGCUGGCGGCCUGCGCCUGGCUGGGCCCGCGGCCGGCGCGGUGCCAGGAGGCGCCGCCGCCGCAGACCCCCGACUGGCGGAUGACGCUGAAGACCAUCCGCAACGGGGUGCACAAGAUCGACGUGUACCUCAACGCGGCGCUCGACCUGCUGGGCGGCGAGGACGGCCUCUGCCAGUACAAGUGCAGCGACGGAUCAAAGCCCUUUACUCGCUACGGAUAUAAACCGUCACCACCAAAUGGCUGUGGAUCCCCUCUAUUUGGAGUUCAGUUUGACAUCGGUAUCCCUUCGAUGACAAAGUGCUGCAAUUACCACGACAGAUGCUACGAUACUUGUGGCAAUACAAAAAAUGAUUGUGAUGAGCAGUUUCAGUCCUGCCUCUCCAAAAUUUGCAGAAAUGUGCAGAAAACACUUGGAAUCUCAGAGAGUGUCCAGGCUUGUGAAUCAACUGUUCAGCUGUUGUUUGAUGCGGUUAUACAUUUAGGAUGUAAACCAUACCUGGAUAGCCAGAGAGCUGCAUGUAUGUGUCGUUACGAGGAUAAGACAGACCUCUGAAAGAAGAAAUCCACAGGAGGACUGAAAAUGAAAAUCCCGUGACUGCAAGCAGGGAGUGGAAACCAUGCUAAAAGCCUAAAACUUGCCAGGCUCCUGGAUUAUAACAUUAUUUCUCCUCUGGAAGUACUUUGUAUAUUUUUCCUGUAUCAGUUGUUUGUGGGGUUUUUGUUUUAUUUUUCGCUAGGGCUACUAGGCAGAAAAUUAACUCUAUCACAGCUGAAACCAGGACAGCUUACUGUACAUGACAGUGAAUGUAAGUGCCUCAUAGAAUAAAGUUCUUGCUAAAGUUC